UUGCAUGAUACCGGUGUGGCCAGGAUUUACCAAGCCGGUGGUUCGCUUUAGCUUGUGUUGGUUUGCAGGUGUAGUUUACUAGCAGCUAGGCUAGCUUUAGACACUGCCAGCACAUCAGUGAUUAUGGAUUUUGGGUUUUGGCUUGGUGUGGCCUUACUGCUGUUUGCGUGGUUACCUGCAAAAUGUGAUCACAUCCCUGAUGAAGUUCUUCAGAUGGAGUGUCGUGAUCGUUACUUCAUGAUAGCUGUGGAUCUCUCCUUCACUGGAGAGGAGCCUCGCUUUGAAGCUGUUGAUGAAACAGGUGUGUACCCCAUCACUCAGCAGUAUGCAGCUGAAUGUGGCUACAGUGUCAAUUUUCUUCCUCUACCGGGCCGCGUAGAGCUCAGAGCUUCUUACCUCAGCUGUCACACUGACAACAAAGAUGAUGAAGCCUUCAUGUUUAACUUCAACCUGAUUGUAAAGCAUGAAGAAAAAGAGGUUACCUAUGCCUUGAAUAAGACCUGUUCCUCCUCUCUCCCCUGGUCUCCCAGAGAGGUUACCUGUGAGCUCAACUACAUGGAAAUGUCUGUGAGGAGUGAAAACACCUGUCCAUCUGGGACAAAGAAAGACGACUGGGAUGCUGUUAAAACUGCACAUAGCUCCACCACCUCAGACUGGCAGGUGAUGUUUCAGAGAGCAGAGGAGCAGUUGAUGCCCAUGAAUCUCUCUGAAGCUCGUAAACAGGGUUACGUGUUUGACCUGAGAGAAGGAAGGCUUGUGUUUCGUAUGCCGUAUGGACAACCUGACUCAUUCAGCACGGAGGUGAAUGGUGUUCCAGUAGAGGUGGUCCAUGCAACUCUGUUCUCCAGACAGAGCUGGGUUGUCCUCAUGGUCGACCUGGUGGCCGCUUGCUCCAUGCAUGAAGGAUUAUAUGAUGACAGUGGAUACAUGAUGUGGGAGACUCCUCAGGUGCUGCACCCGCUGGUGUCUGGUCUGCACGAUACCCAGGUCAACGUUGGUGUCAAUGGUGAACUUGUGGAGCAGCCAGUUGCAGAGGAGAGAGGCUACAUAGUGGAGAAGCAUAACACCACAGUCCAGAUCAGCAUCCCCUGUAACGCUGAGGGAGGAUACAGGAAGAGCUUUGUGACCGGCGACCUCUACGAGUUUUACGUCUUUGAUCUGUACUUGGAGCAAACCUCGGAGGAUGAGGAUCUCGUCGAAACCAGGCUCAGAUGUCACAGGACACUGGCCACUCCUCUGCUGCUGCGCCCCAUUUUUACCGAGAACCAAACCAUUCCUGAGGAGCAACUGUUCACCGUCUACCUUGGAGAUGUCCCCGAAGACAUUGAGCUGGCUGCUGUUCAGCUGAAUGGACAAGAAUUUACGAUUCCAUUUGCAAAUACAAGCGUGCGUUCAGUUACAAAAUUUGUUCAGCCCAACAACACUCACAGCUACACUCUGAAGGUGCCUUUUGAUGACCCUGUUGUUAUACGUGAGUUCUCGAAAGAAGACGCAGUUCUUCAGUACAGGCUGGACGUUAAUUACACAUUGACUGUUCUGCCUGAGAAUGAGCCUUUUCACCACCUGACAUCUAUCGUGGCACUUUACACAGAUGUCUCUCCUCCGGAGUUUGAUGCCGUCUGUUCUGAGUCUGGCAUCAGCUUCAGACUGGAACACCGGCCUUUUGACUACCUGUGGUACAUUAGCAUCGACUCAGACCUGCUGACGCCGCAGCUGGCAGCUCAGCACGGCUACAGCAUGAGCAAUAACAGCCAGAGUCUGCUGCUCCACGUGCCGCUCUACACUCAUGGAUAUGAAUACAAGGACAUUACUUUGAGGGGAUUCCUUGGUACUUUUGAGAUCCUGGUGAGGGAUCAUGAAACAUCAGAGGUCCAGAGCUCAACUGUCAAGACUUGUUCGUUCACUACUACUGAACUUAUCAUGUGUUCCACUGAUGGGAGGAUGACUGUGGUGGCUGACUUGUCUCUGGUGAUCCCCAGUGGAGGGAUCCCUGCUAGAAGCAACCUCAUAAACAAAUACUGUGGACCCAAAGAAGCAGACGACACCAGGGCUCUCUUCUCUUUCCCGCUCAACAGCUGUGGAUCCAUAGUCAAGCUUGGCAAGGAAAAUGUGACCUAUCAAAAUGAGAUUUUCUACAGCAUGAACUACCUCAGUGUGAGUAAGGCAUCCUCUGGAGAUACUGAGCGGGUGACAGUGCAGUGUACGUAUCCUCUGGCUGGCCUCCAUCGCCUCUUCUCAGUGUACAGGUUUGAGUCUGACACCGCCGGCAUUGGCAGCAUCAUCCACACUAUGCAGUCCACAGCAGGUCCACAGAUCCCCACCAUCAAGCCUACUACAACACUUCAAACCACACCUGCUUCCAAAAGACCGGCCAGAAUACCUGUAGCUUUCCUGCCUGCUGUCCGUCCCCCUGCUCGCUACGUCAGAGUCAAUAGGUUUCAAAAUCUUAAUGGCACGAAAAAAGGAGCUGAAAGAACCUGGCAAACCAAAGUAAAUGCCCUUAUUUGAAGGAUUUGUCAUUUUUAUUGAAAAAAUUGGAAUUUAAUAAAUUUGUUUACAUGCUG